AUGUCCUUCGUUCUCGCGUCCCCGUCCAACCGGAGACAAGGGCACGAGAAGACGAGGACUGAGGUCAUGGACCAGUCCUGGACUUGGACUCAGGUCCUGGUUCUGGUCGCGCUGCGCUCCGUGUGGGCGGGGCAUCGGAGUCUGUUACCAGAUGACCACGUCGUUGCCACGGUGAACGCCACCGCCACCGACCCCAAAGGCAACGUGAUCCACAUGAGCAGCUCCGAGGACGCUCUGUUCGGUCUGCACUCGCCCAAGACCGAGACCCGAGGACUACUGCUGUCCCCCAGCCCCCACCACGGAGGAGUGGACCUGCAGGGCUGUGACCCGCAGACCCGGUUCAGUCCUCCUCGCUCGGUCCAGUGGGUGGCGCUGUUGCAGAGAGGGAACUGCACGUUCAGAGAAAAGAUCCAGAGAGCGGCGUCUUACAAAGCGAGCGCCGUCCUGAUCUACAACAACAGCAGCAACGAGACGGUCCGCAUGGGCCAUGAAGGCACAGGGCCCGUGGUUGCGGUCAUGAUCCCAGAGUUGUUUGGUCGUGAGUUGUUGUCGUACCUGGAGAGGAACCUUUCGGUGCGGGUGCUUGUUCUGGUGGGACCGCGAUCCCAGAACACGCCGCGGUCGUCGCUGGUGUUUGUGUCCGUGUCCUUCAUCGUCCUCAUGGGGGUCAGCUCCGCCUGGCUCCUCUUCUACUGCGCACAGAGGCUGCGAGGGGCCACCAGGGGGCGCUCUCAGAGAGGAUUUGGAGACGCAGCCAAGAAGGCCAUCAGGAAACUGACCACAAGGACGGUCCGCAGAGGAGACAAGGAGACAGACCCAGACUUCAGUCACUGCGCCGUCUGCAUCGAGUCUUAUCAACUCAACGACGUCGUGCGGAUCCUGCCGUGCAAGCAUGUGUUCCACAAAGGUUGUGUUGACCCCUGGCUGAACGAACACUGUACGUGCCCCAUGUGCAAACUGAACAUCCUCAAGGCCCUCGGCAUCGUGAGCAGUAUUCCUUGUGUAGAGUCCGUGUCAUUGGACGGAUCGCUCUAUAGUCCCGCCUCCCGGAGCCAGAGGACGCAGCUGAGUGACUCUCUCCCACCGUCAAUCAUCCUGGAGCCAAGCCCCUCCCACCCAGAGGCCACGCCCACUGACAUCACCAUCACUGUGACAAGCGGCGUGCAGCUCUUCUCUCCUGUAGCGCCCCCUCGUGGCCUGGCCGAGGUGGAGCUCCCAGAGUCAGACUUUUAUGACGACAAAUCGUGA